GAGUAAUCUAUCAGUCAGUCCUGCUAAAAAGCUCCAGUCUUUUUCUAAAAAGCAGUGUGUGUCAUUUCGAGUCGCUGGUUACGGGAGGCGCACCGCUGCUGAUGAGACACUGAAGCGCGAAUAGGGAGAAGAAAAGUUGCGCUUUCUCUCCAGACAACUGAUGCAAAAACGCACCGCUCUGCAGGCCCGCUCACUCUCAGAGCAGGGACUAUUUCUAGAGGGUUGAAGUUUUGCAGAACUUUACCCAGUCUGUUUUCUUGGUACAGCGGAGGACUUGGUGUGCGCGCACUUGCCGCUCCACAGCUUUUCCCAGUGAGUUUUUUUUCCUUAUCCAAUUUUUUUACAUUAAAGUGCGAGUCCGCCGUGAGAUGACCCUCUCUGGAGGCAGCGAUCGAGCCAGCGACAUGUCCGGCCAAACUGUGCUCACAGCAGAGGACGUGGAUAUAGACGUGGUGGGCGAAGGAGACGAUGAGGGCAUGGAGAGGGUGGACAGCGACUGUGACAGCCCGGGGGGAGGAAGCAUCCUGCACGGCUUUCGCGGAGAAACGGUUGACGAUGACUUGGAGGACGAGAUCGAGGUGGAGAAGGAGGAGAUGAGGUCCGGGGGAGGGAGCCCGUGCUGCGAGAGCUCCGGGGAAGGGGAAUCGGGCGCAGGGAAAGGAGAAGGUCAUGACCAGAGCGCAGCGCCAGGAGGAGUGAUCCAGAAGCCCAAGAGCAGCCUGGUAAAGCCGCCUUACUCCUACAUCGCUCUCAUCACCAUGGCGAUCCUCCAAAGCCCGCAGAAGAAGCUCACCCUCAGCGGGAUCUGCGAGUUCAUCAGCAACCGCUUCCCCUAUUACCGGGAGAAGUUCCCUGCGUGGCAGAACUCCAUCCGGCACAACUUAUCCCUGAACGACUGCUUCGUGAAAAUCCCACGGGAACCCGGCAACCCCGGAAAGGGCAACUACUGGACCCUGGACCCGGCCUCUGAGGACAUGUUCGACAACGGCAGCUUCCUCAGGAGGAGGAAAAGGUUCAAGAGAGUCCAGCCGGACGUGCUGAGGGAUCAGACCGCGCUCAUGAUGCAGAGUUUCGGGGCGUACAGCCUCGGAGGCCCAUACGGCAGACACUACGGGAUCCACCCGGCUUAUUCCCACCCGGCGGCUCUGCAGUAUCCCUACAUCCCACCUGUGGGUCACAUGCUGCCGCCGGGCGUCCCCCUGCUGCCCUCGGCGGAGCUCAACAGAAAAGCGUUCAACUCUCAGCUGAGCCCGAGUCUCCAGCUGCAGCUCAACAGCCUAAGCACGGCGUCCAUGAUCAAAUCCGAACCUUCAAACCGGCCGUCCUUCAGCAUAGAGAACAUUAUCGGGGUCUCCAGCGCGUCAUCCGUCACGCCCGGCGCCGCGCAGGCUUUCCUGCGGCCUCCUGUCACCGUUCAGUCGGCCCUGCUGAGCGCGCAGUCUCUCUCUCUGACCCGGACCUCUGCUGCUAUCGCUCCUAUACUCAGCGUCCCUUCAAACAUUAUUUCUGGACACGUUUUACCUUCAGCGACGGCAGUGUCCAAAUGGCCCUCACAGUGACUCAAACCAAGAAAAAACUAAAAAAAAAAAACUCUUAUUUUUCUAUAGAGACUUUAUCACUGGAGAGCACAAAUAAAUAGACAGCAUUGGACUCUAAUACAAUGAAAAAAGACUUGAAAUACAGAGAAAAGGAAAGUAGGCUUUCUAUGUACAGGUAACAUUUGUAAAUAUUUGUUUUUCAAAAAAAGGGAGAAAAAUUUUACUCAUUUGACUUUUAGCUGUCCUUUGUUCCUGUUUGAGAUCUGUGAUAAUUAUUUCGAUUUUUCUUUUUUUUAUAUUCUACUGGAUGAUUGACUUGACACAUUUCAUACAAGACACGAACAAGUGCAAAAAGACUGUUUAUAAUAAUAAUAAUAAUAAUAA